UGGAGAGCGACUUCUCCAUUCAUCUCCAGAAGUUUGAUCUCUUUUUACCAUGCUUCCUUAACGGAAGCACGUGUACUAACAAAAAUUACAACCUUUAUUUGUUACAGCCACGUGUUAUUAAUUGCAAACAAUAUACACGAUGUUGACCAAAAAUUUAUUAACUUUUUGCAAACGAAAUAUAAAAUAUGAACAGAGGUUCGCAGAACUUACGCCACUUAAGGAUUUUCUUGCAGGAUGUGAACCUGAACCUGACAGAAUUUUGGAAACACUGUGCGAAUUUUUAAUGAACACUGAGAGCACAGAAGAUGUAGCGGACUGCUUUCCAGAAUUAUUACCAGCACUUGUGUGUAUGACAAUAAGUACAGACAACAUACAGUCAUCAACAUUGUUUUACAAGGAUGUUACUCAUAAAUUAAAUGCUGUUAUUCUGGGCAAGCUGAUUGUUAUCAAUCAAGAUUUAUUGACAUUUGUUUUACAUUACUUUGACAUUAAUCCCGCACCAUUUGAGUCCCUUGACACGAGCACAGCUACUAUUACACCAGCCAAGAGGCAAAAUACAAAGAAAUUAUCAUAUUAUAUCUCAGAGGUAUCCGAUUAUGAUAUCGUUACAGCAACUUACAACAUUCUGCAGUCUGCUGUUAACCAUUUUAAGCACAGAUGGAACUGGUCGAAAUUUUACAAAUAUCUGACAAACUCAGAUGAUAAAGUAAAAUGGGUUGCUUUUAAAUGCAUAGCAAUAGUCUUAAAUAUGUCUGAAUCCACAAGACUGUCGUACGCGCAAACAUUCAUCUUGAAUUCUGAAAAAUUUCUGACCGAUCACGAGGACAAAAGAGCGGACACGCGAAUUUCAUGCGCAAGUUUCGAAUCAGUGGAACACACAGUCAAGAAUAUUACGUCUGUCGUAUCUGUCGGUGGUAUAUUGUUGCCGACUCGUCAGAGCAGCAAUUGGAAAACCUGCUACGAUUUGGUGCAAGUACCUUCUACAAGGAACAAUCUGCAAAGUCUAGCUAUAGCCAUCGGCUCCAGAAAAUGUAUCUGUUUGCAAGGACCGGUUGGCUGCGGUAAGACCGCCUUGGUGGAGUAUCUGGCGAGAAUGACCGGCCACGACGCGUUGAACUUCGUCAAGGUACAGCUGGGCGAUCAGACUGACUCGAAAAUGCUGCUGGGAAUGUACAGAUGCACCGACGUACCUGGCGAAUUCGUUUGGCAGCCAGGUGUUCUCACGCAAGCCGUCGUUGCCGGCAAGUGGUUGCUGUUGGAGGAUAUUGAUAGCGCCCCUCUGGACGUAGCUAGCGUCCUCAGCAACCUGAUGGAGACUGGUACGUUGUGCGUCCCAGGUUAUCGUGAUACCAUCUAUGCCAACAGUGACUUCCAGUUGUUCGUCACUCAACGAUCGACCGCGACGACUGCUCUAAAGCACGUUACGGGAUCCUCGAAUCUACUGCAGAAACAUUGGCUAUGCCUAAACGUGGAACCAUUAUCCAAAGAGGAAUUAGUGAUCGUAGUUAAAACGCUGUUCCCAGCACUGAACACUGCUGCUACCAAAAUAAUAGAUGUGUUCUUGUUGUUCUCUGUGGGAGAUCAUAAUAGCGAAGGCAACGACGGAACAUUGUCACUAAAGACCGGGCGACAAACGUCAACCCGAGAUCUGAUAAAGUGGUGCUCCAGAGCUAUCGUCGAUUACAACGUGUCGUCGUCGAAUUCAGCAUUGAAGAUACUUCAAGAUGCUAUAGACGUCUUUUGCUGUUCAGUGACUGAUCAAGAGCAACGCUUGAACUUGGCGAAAGCGAUAACUGACAAACUCGGUAUCAUCAGAACGAAGGCAGAAUACUUUUGCAACAUACACAAGCCUGCCGUGACUCUCUUAUCCAACGUUCUGAUAGCUGGUAGAGCGAAGUUGCGUAAAAAGGUGCGCUACGUGGAGCUGCAGACCGACAGAACCAAUUUCUCGUUCACGCGACCCUCCGCAUGCUUACUACAGCGCAUAGCCAGCUGCGUAGUGCAGAAAGAGCCGGUGUUGUUAGUUGGUGAGACCGGCACCGGGAAAACGAGUACGAUUCAAUACCUGGCGAAGAGCACCGGGCAUAAGUUGACGGUCAUAAACAUGAAUCAGCAGAGCGAGAGCACCGAUUUGCUGGGCGGUUAUAAGCCGGUCGAAAUCAAGUUUUUGAUUUCGCCAAUUCGGCAAGAAUACGACAUCCUGUUCCGUUCUUACUUCGACGUCGAGCUCAAUGAGAAAUUCUUAGAGAAAAUAGAUCUGUUUUACAAGAAUCAGACUUGGAAGGCUCUCCUGCAAGUAAUGAGACAUACCGCGCGCGCCGCCGUGAAGAAACUGCGAGAGAGAUGCGGAGAAGCGAGUCAGGCAUCCGAGGAAGACGCCUCGAAACAUUCCAAUGCGAACGGCGACGUUCAGGAGAAACGCGCAGUUCACCAGGACAGUCGAUUCAACGUAGAUAUGUGGAGGAACUGGGAAAAUCUACUAGAAAGAUUGAACAAGCUCUACACCCAGGUGAGGAGUCAGUACGCGUUGACAUUCUCUUUUGUGGAAAGCAGCUUGGUGAAGGCUUUGCGGGACGGUUCCUGGGUGCUCCUGGACGAGAUCAAUCUAGCCAACGCGGAAACGCUGGAGUGCCUCUCCGGCUUGCUAGAGAGUUCCUCGGAAUCGCUGCCGUUGUUGGAGCGCGGCGAUAGCGAGCCUGUGAAACGGCACCCGGACUUCAUGGUGUUCGCCUGUAUGAAUCCAGCGACGGACAUCGGCAAGAGGGACUUGCCAGUCGGCUUGCGAAACAGAUUCACUGAGUUCUACGUUGACGAGUUGACCGAGCAGAUCGACUUGCAGCUGCUCGUGAACUCGUACCUGAAGGAGAUCGAGAUGAAGAAGCACGAGGCAAUCGUAAAGUUUUACUUGAACGUGAGAAAGGAGGCAAUGAGCACACUAUUCGACGGCACAGCGCACCAACCGCAUUACAGUCUGAGGACGCUGUGUCGCGCGUUAAGCAUCUCCGCGUCAAAUCCUUGCGGUAACAUCGUAAGAUCCCUAUUUGAAGCUUUCUCUUUGAGCUUCCUCACGCAGCUGGAAUAUAAGUCGUAUCCGAUCGUGCAAAAAAUGAUCGCGACCACCAUCUUGGGUAAUAAUCAGGAUAUCAAAGCGAUCCUUGGUACGGCUAUACCGAAACCGAAGUGUGGUCCGGCAGAGAAGUACGUCAACAUUGAAGGCUAUUGGGUUCUGCAGGGUAGUUUAACGCCUGAGACGCCGAAUAAUUACAUAUUAACUGAUUCUGUCAGAAGAAACUUGCGAGACUUAGUAAGGGUAGUGUCGAUCGGUAAAUUGCCGGUUUUACUGCAAGGCGAUACAUCGGUAGGGAAAACGAGUUUGAUCACAUAUCUGGCAAAAAUUUCGGGACACGUCUGUGUCAGGAUUAACAAUCACGAGCACACAGAUCUGCAGGAAUACGUUGGAAGUUACGUCGCGGACGAAACAGGGAAGUUAGUGUUCAAAGAAGGUAUCCUAGUCGACGCGAUGCGUAAAGGAUAUUGGAUUAUUCUGGAUGAGUUGAAUUUAGCCCCAAGCGAUGUUUUGGAAGCUCUAAAUCGAGUCCUGGACGACAACAGAGAACUAUUUAUAUCUGAGACGCAACAGGUUGUAAAAGCGCAUCAACAUUUUAUGUUGUUCGCAACGCAAAAUCCCCCUGGAAUUUACGGCGGUCGGAAGGUUCUAUCCCGAGCGUUCAGGAAUCGAUUUGUAGAGUUGCACUUCGACGAGAUACCGGCCAACGAAUUGCAGAUAAUACUCGGUAAGAGAUGCAGUAUGCCCGAGUCGUACUGCAAAGAAGUUAUCAGCGUGAUGACGGAUCUUCAGAUAAGACGUAAAAGUACAGCGGCUUUCGCCGGUAAGAAAGGAUUCAUAACGCUACGCGAUCUAUUUCGCUGGGGCGAAAGAUACAGAUUGGCAUCCAUCGUAGACAACACAUUGUACGACUGGAGGCAGCAUCUAGCAGAGGAAGGUUACCUCGUUCUCGCGGCCAAAGUCCGCAAAACGGAGGAAGCGGACGAGAUACGUCAAGUGAUAAAGAAACACCUGAAAAGGGAGGUGGAUCCUAACAAGCUGUUUACGCUGAACGACAAUACCUCUCCCGUAACCAAGCGCAUACUGGAGGAAAUCUUGAACAACGAAAUCCCGGGUUUCGGCCACAUCGUGUGGACUUAUCACAUGCGCAGAAUGGCCGUGCUCGUAAAGAAAUCCUGUCAGUUCAAGGAGCCGGUGUUGCUGGUCGGCGAAACCGGCGGUGGUAAAACCACCAUAUGCCAAGUGAUCGCCGCUAUCAACGGUCAAACGAUGCGUGGCGUGAACUGUCACAUGCACACCGAGUCGUCUGAUUUUCUAGGAAAUCUACGACCCGUGCGGGAGCACGCUGAAAAUGACAAGAGGCUGUUCGAAUGGGUGGACGGACCUUUGAUAAACGCCAUGCGUAACGGCGACUUGUUCUUAGCUGACGAAAUUUCCUUGGCAGAUGACAGCGUCCUGGAACGAUUAAAUUCGCUGUUAGAACCGGAGCGUAGCCUUCUGCUGGCCGAAAAAGGAAUAGAGUCUUCGCACGGUGAGGAGAAUACCGUGAUCGUAGCGGACGAGAAGUUUGUGUUUAUUGGCACGAUGAAUCCUGGCGGUGAUUACGGUAAGAAAGAACUCUCGCCGGCAUUGCGGAAUCGCUUCACUGAGGUAUGGUGCGAGGGAUGCGCGGUCAGAAAUGAUCUGCAUAAUAUAAUAGUACACAAUCUUCGCGUUGAGUUACAAACAUUGAAAGAAUCCGUCUCCAACGCGAUAUUGAGAUUCACCGAAUGGCUACACAACACCGAAGUUGGCAAGAAGCUCACUGUGAGCGUACGAGACAUGCUCACAUGGGUGAAUUUUAUAAACACGUGCACUGUUGACGUGUCGUCAUCGCUGCUAACGAUCGGAGACGCGUAUUAUCAUGGCGCUUGCCUCACGUACAUCGACAGUCUUGGGUCUGGCACUACGGGCGCAGAAAGUAUCGAAAAAUUGAAGAGCUUUGCGGAUGCUGCUACCCGAUUUAUUAGAUCAGAGCUUGAACAUACGAUAAAGUCAGAUCUUGAUACAGAGACUCUCACGGUGAAGAAAAAUACCAUGCUGACUGAUUCAAGUAACGUGUUUGGGAUACCACCGUUUUACAUUGAAAAAGGUCCACACGCUUGCCGCGAUGAUCGCGCAUUCACCUUCUCGACUCCCACUACGAAGCUGAAUACGUUAAAGUUGCUAAGAGCGUUGCAGCUGAGCAAACCGAUCCUGCUGGAGGGAAGUCCAGGUGUAGGAAAAACCAGCCUGGUUUCUGCGCUCGCCAAAGCCGCCGGGCAUACUUUGCUCAGAAUCAACUUAAGCGAUCAAACGGACGUAUCUGAUUUGUUCGGUGCCGAUCUUCCCGUGGAAGGUGGCAAAGGCGGCGAGUUUGCAUGGCGGGACGGGCCAUUUUUGCGAGCUCUGCGAGCAGGAUAUUGGAUUUUGCUUGACGAAUUGAACUUGGCUUCUCAAUCAGUUUUGGAAGGCCUCAACGCAUGCUUCGACCACAGAGGAGAAAUAUAUAUUCCCGAGUUAGGAAAGACCUUCUCGGUGAAACCCGGCACAAGACUGUUUGGCUGUCAGAAUCCCCUGCAGCAAGGUGGAGCCAGACGCGGCUUGCCGAAGUCCUUUUUAAACAGAUUCACUCAGAUUUCCGUAGACGCGUUAAUGGAGGACGACUUAAGGUUUAUACUCGGCGUGAAAUUCCCACAACUUGCUACGAGUCUGAUCAACGACAUGGUACGGUUCAAUAGUAUAUUAGCGUCGGAGGUUGGCGUCACGUGGGGCUGCGCCGGGUCUCCUUGGGAAAUGAAUUUGCGUGAUAUUACACGAUGGUGCGAAGCAACUAUCGAAGCCACUCGUAACGAGUUACGCGGCGAUAAAGAGUAUUUUAAUCCAGGCCACAGUGUAGAACUCAUUUAUGUCGACAGAAUGAGAACUAAAGAAGAUCGACAAAAAGUCUACCAUAUAUAUCAAGAGAUAUUCUCGCUCGAGAAAUAUCCGCUCCCGCCUAAUAAGCUACCCAUGUACAUCACAGCGGAUAAGCUUUUCGUUGGCGAUGUGACGUUAAGCCAGAGAGAUUGUUGCGCGCACGAGGAGGACAAUUUGUUGUUACUCAGAGAUCAAAAAACGGCGUUGAAAAGUCUCAUGCAAUGCGUGAAGAUGAAUUGGAUGUCUAUAUUGGUCGGUGCUUCGGGUUGUGGAAAGAGCAAUGUGGUUCGUCUACUCGCUGCUUUAACGGGUCAGCAACUAAAGUCGAUAGCCGUGAACUCCGCGAUGGACACAACGGAGAUAUUGGGUGGCUUCGAACAGACGGACUACAAUCGGCAUCUGGAACAGCUGUUCGAGCGCGUGGCGACGCUGCUUAUCGACACUCUGCGAACGAAGAUAACUGUGAACAAAUUGAAACAAGUUGCCAAGCUCCACGAACACCUGGAUCGAGUGCGACGCUCGUUCGACGAAAACGUGGCCGGCAGGACGAUGGCCGCGGAGACCCAGCUGUUCCUGCGUAAAAUCCAGGAACUGUCGGACUUGACCUCGACGUUGGAGACCUGGGAGCCCAACCUCGAAUCGGAACUGCAGGACAUUCAGUCCAGAUUGAGAAAUUUGUCAGUCCAUGUCAAGCGUGAUAAAUGCCUGAACGCCGGUGGGAAGUUUGAAUGGGUGGACAGCGUGUUGGUGAAGUGCUUGCAAGAUGGAACUUGGCUGCUCAUCGACCAGGUUAAUCUGUGCAGCCCGGCUGUAUUAGACAGACUUAAUGGACUGUUAGAGCCGAAUGGUGUUCUCAGUAUCGGCGAGCGAGGCGUCGACAACGACGGCAAUGUCGUCACCAUCAAGCCUCACGAAAACUUCCGGCUGUUCUUAACUAUGGAUCCUCGAUACGGCGAAAUCUCCAGGGCCAUGCGUAACCGAGGCGUCGAGAUUUACAUGCUCGGUUCGAGAGAGAAGGUCGAUCACGACGCGAUCGAUCUCAAGUCGCUGCUAUUCAACGCGGGUAUCACGAGACCGGCGCGUCGGGACGCGCUACUCGCGAUCCACGACAAAGUGUCGCAGGAGAUGGUCGCGGUGGAUCGUCUGAGCGCGGUCGAUCUGUUGCACGCCGCGUUCUUGGUGAGGCAACGAUCGCUGCGCGGAUUCCCGGCGGAGCAAUCGAUCAGGGACGCGUGCAUCGACGUGUACGUGAAAGCCAGGCCGACGAUCCGCGACCCGCGAUACCGAGAACACCUGAUUGCUCUGAUUGACGAGAUAAUCGAGCAAGUAUUGAGCUCACGCGACGAAGAGAUCUCGCCGAUCGACGUGGACGCCGCCACGUGGAGCGUGAAGAAUCUGCAGGACAACUCGGCGCUCACCUUGAUCAGGCAGCAAGGAUUGCUGCUGAAUACAGCCGUCAGGAUGUGCCGAUCGCGUCUGACAUUUGGUGCGACGAAUGCCGAAGGAGUUGAUAUCAAAUCAUUAAAUGUCUUCUGCGAUCUUCAAGUGGACGGAGAGACAUUGAAUGUCGACAUUAGGGAUAUUUUGUUGCAUCUCCUACUCAACUUUUACGAGCAGUCCUCGCGAGACGAUACUCCGCUGAGGAAGGAUUGGAUCUCGAAGACGCUGCGGGAGAACAGGUCGGUCGACAAACUCGAGGAGAAGAAUGCGUUAAUGGCAGAAGAGAUUAAGUCUUUUCGUUUUCGAUCUGCGAACGCGAACACCUCGUUGCCUUGGGAUCAAUGGUGGCUCGUGGGAAAAACGGUCGAAAACGAAAACAUUGGUAAUGACUCGAGCAAAUUGGCACUUUUGCUAUACACAAGUAGCGUGAUACUUGGAGGACACGACGCGACUCGAACGGACGUGGAGAAGCUGAAAAACGGAGACGUGAUAUCCGUCAAGCAGUACUCCGACAUCGUACGUCACGGCAAGCUAUUCUCGCAGUUGAAAAAUCAGCCGCUCAUCACGCACUUUGUGGAGUUCCUUCAGCGCGCAAACUCGUGCAUCGACGCAAUCCUGCGCGACGGUAACAUGAGCGUGAGCCCGGAUGUAUAUGUCGAACUGAGAAGACAUCUCAGAUGGUACACGAGAUUCGAAAGAUUGGGCGAGACGAUGCUAGUGGACAAGUCGAAAAAGUCCAAGAACGUGUUCAUCAAUUUGAAACAGACCUCCACGCUGCUGAGAGUGCACUACAAGUGGCUGCUGAAAUUCCUACGGAAGCUGUGCGAAAUGAUCAACGAGUUCACGCCGUGUCAGAAGACGGUGAACGAAAUCGAGUCGUUGAUAGAGAUGAAGAACGACCUGAAUCACCAACUGCAGUCGGUUUACAAUCCCGUCCAGAAGAUCUCGAAGAGAAUCAAGAAAUACUUGACACUUCCACUGCCUCACCCUUCGGAGAUCAGCAUGAACGUACACUCGGAACUCGGCGAGAUAACGAAGGAUCUUGAGGCACGGGACGAGACGGGCAAUACCCUGAAACGAGAGCUGAAGAUCGUGUCUGUGCAGUUGAAUGAGGGUCCGGCAAUGAGACGUCAAACGAUCUCACUGUGGAGCGACGUUCACUCCUUGAAAGCGAUCGACGAGGAAACCUUGGAGACUGUGCUGACAGUGAAACGAUUCUGCGACGACAGUCACAUUCGUCUGCGAACUCCCGCGGAAAUCGAGAGCGUUCGUGACCAAGUGAGCUUACUUCCGGCCGGGGAAAUGACUCAGUUAAACGCAAGAACGCAGCUGUGGCCGAUCUACGAGCACAUGUUUUUGUCGCUCGCUUCCUCGCUGCAGGGAAAAAUGUGUCUAGAAGAGACUAUUCCUGCCGCCAUCAUUGAGCAGUGUCUCGCAAGAUAUGCGGAUAUAGCCAGCAUUCCGAGCGAUCUGAUGGGCCUGUUGACCGCGAUGACUCGGACGGAAAUCGAGCAAAGACAAAGUCUAUUGCCGCUACUGUUUUAUCAGCUGGCGCAUUUCGCUCAGCGAUCUUACGCUAUUCAGGAUUCGAGCUUGCUUCUGCAGUGGCGCGGUGUAACCGAGGAAGAGGACGUGGAGAGCUCGUUGACUGCCUAUAGUGCACCAAAGAUGGAAUGCUAUUCCGGCGAGCCGAUACUCCUGAACCUGAUACUACGCUUGAUAUUGAGCAAAACGGUUCGCGAGAAAGAGAAGAGCGUUCUCUCGACGGUCGCGCUAGGAACGUACGCCGCGCAGACGAGUCAGUUACAGCUGCUGAAUGAAAUCUUAUGGCGUAACAGUAUCUCGUUAACGCACAAUUCAGCCCGCAGCGACCUGAUAACGUUGAAGUAUUAUUCGCGCUUGUACUUAUCCGCGAUUGAUCGGAUGAACAGCGAACAUAACGUGGCUAGUCUAAUCGCGUCAGUCUUGGAGAAGCAGGGUGAAAAUCGUGGGACCAGCAUGGAACACACGUUACGGGUCGACUACUUUGAACCGAUAGAAGAGUUGCACAAAGCAUACGACAUGAUAAAUAAUCUCGAUGAGAAGAACGCCGACGAAGAUGAGGGUACGCUCCGUCGCGGCAGAACCUGGAUGUUGCUCGGUUAUGUGCAGUUUUUGCUCUUCGGCAACCUAGACACGAUCGAUCCCGUACACAAGGUGGAGCUGAAGCUCAAGUAUCUGGACGAGGACAUUGUCGAUUGCGAGAGAACGAUGUACGUAGCGACGUUGCAGAGUCGCGUUCUAGGCGUGAACGCCCUCGCUCACCCACGACUCGUGUCCAUGAGAAAUUGCAGCGAAUUCUUGUUGAAAACGCGUGAUGAGUUUAGUUGUCUGAAAACGUUUCGACCGCCGUCCGUUGACUUCAUUUCGCUGAACAGACAGUGCGCACAUUUCCGGGAAAGCGUGGGUACCUACAAGCUGGUAGAGAAGCACAUGAACAAACUGUGCACGAUCGCCAGCGAGAUCAACGAGAACUCCCACAACUCUGGUGUUCUCGCACAAGCGGACAAUGCUUUGCAAGAAGCGCAGGUCUGGAGCUUCUCGAUACAACGCUUUGCUGAGCAGCUCAAGACGAAGUAUCUGUUCGCAUACCCGGACGUGAUCCAUCCGCUGUUGACUGGUCUGGCGCAAUUAAGGCAUGGCGUGUGCGUGCUCGUCAACGAGAUCAGACGACUGGUUUCUUCAUGCAGAAGCGGAGUACUCGGUCUCAGUUCCGAGAUACACAACUUGAUCCGCUUCCCGACGAUCGGCCCGUGCCAAGAAAGUCUCCUGGAUCUAAGCAUCCGGUGCGCCUCCAGGAACAUGCGGCUUCUGAUCGACAGAAACUCCUGCUCGGACGCGUUCAUCAGGAUGCAGGAGCAAUUCCGAAUACUGAAAUCAGGUUUGCAUGAAUUGUAUAACCACGCGAUCCUCAGCAGGAGCUUGACAAGGUCGUUGUGGCAGAACAUGGACAAUUUGCUGCGACAGAUAGUCUUGGUUUGGAAGCAGCAACAGCAGGAGGAAGAGAAACGCGCCGCGGAGAAGGACAGUCUGUACAAGAACAAGAUCGAGACUUACAGUAGCGAGUUGACAGAAGAACAGGAGCUCGUCCUGGAAAUUCGCCAGUUGUUCCCGACGCAUCGCGACAGUGACUUCCAGGACAUAGAUGACGAGUCAGAGCCCAGUCUUGAACGGAGAAAUCCGUCUCCGGAGACGGAAAAAAUCGAAAGCUUGAGAGGUCUCAUCGGUAAAGAUGAUAUCUGGGAGAUCCAACGAAUCCACUCGGACAUGGUCACGUCUCUCGUUGCAUGCAAGUGGAAGUGCAACGACAUCACUUCAAUAUCUACGUCGACGAAUUACGUUGGGCCGUUGAUCCAGAGAUACGAUACGGUACACAGCAUGCUCGACAAUGUAUUGCCGGCUUUGAACGAAGGACUUACGAUCAAGUUGUACAACAGCUUAAACUUGUUGGUUACUCUACGACUGCAGACCAACCAAGAGAGAAGUGCGGAACGCGCAAAGACAUACGACUUCUAUAAGGAUUGCAACAUCGAGGAAGUGAAGCAGUGUUUACCUGUGUGCGAGAAUAUCCUGAAUCGCGUCGAUCAGCUGCUGCAGGAGUGGCCGGCUCAUCCUACUCUGAAAUCAAUACAAUCUAUAAUCGAGAGGAUCUAUACGUUCCCCAUCAUCUCAGCCGUGUCCAGAUUCCUCACGGGUUUAGAACUGCUGCUCGUCAAGAUGCAUCAAUGGGAAGAGAAUGCUCACAGUGGUGUCAGCAUGGCGGACCAUGUAUCAGCAUUGGCGCAGCAGAUAAUAUCAUGGAGAAAGUUGGAGCUGUCCUGUUGGAAAGGCUGUCUGGACGCCACGUUCAACAGCCUCAGAUCAAACACAUCUAAGUGGUGGUUUUUCUUGUAUGCGUUGAUCGAGAGUUAUAUCCGCGAGGAUGUCGAAGGAGAAGCGAGCGACGAACCUAUCACCAGGAAAAAGUUGGUGGAAUCGUUGGAGCGAUUCAUGCACGAAUCGCCCCUCGUCGAAUUUGAACCACGAUUGCAGCUACUCUUGACGUUUCACUGCCACGUGUACCACUUGGAAAACAGCGAACGCAAGGACGAACUCGCAGCCGUGUUGUGGAAUGUAUAUAAAUACUACAAGCAGUUUGUAGGCGACGUAACUGCGAGGAUCGCCGCUCUGAAAGCUCCCAUCGAGAAGAAGCUGCGGGACUUCGUUAAGAUCGCUCGAUGGAACGACAUCAGCUACUGGGCGGUGCAAAAAGCAGUCGAGAAGACACAUCGCACUUUGCACAAGUUCGUAAAGGAAUUCCAGAACGUUCUCAAACAGAACGUGUCUUCCUGCUUGAUCGUGAAAUCAAGCUCAUACAACGCCGAGAUCAGCAAAGGGAUCUGGGACGAUCAGGACCACCGCAAGUACUUGAUAGAUCCCAUAGACUUCGCAGCGGCAAAGCCUUCGCAACUCGUAGAGGUGAGAACGCUGUCCGUGAGCAAUCUCAUCGUGAAAACCGAGACUCUACAAUUGAAAGCCAUAAAACUGUGCAAGGAAAUAAUCCUAACGAGUUCCUAUCCGUGCGCGCGGGCGGAGGUCGAGAACUUCAUCGAGAGUUUCUUAGAGCGGAGCGCGCGUCUUCGCGACAUGAACAUCGACCGAAACUCACCGAAGAGCAAGCAGAAGUCGCAAGCGAAGAGUAUCCUGCAGCAGAAGAGGAUGACGCUUGCCAAUUAUUUCAAGACGUUAACUCGCAUAGGCGUAUCGUAUCGCACCGGUAUGUUGACGUUGAAGAACAACACGGACAAGGUGAUGGACUUCACGGUGUCUCCUCUGGAUCUGUCUGUAAUCAACCAAUAUUUUAAACUGAAGAAUAUCGACCAGCACAUGUUGACGCAGUGGCGCGACUGCGACAAAUACUACUACAAGUCCCUCAUCAGACUGAACGCCUUGAAUGCGAUGUUCAACACGAGCCAGACCGACCUGGGGCCGCAGAAUAUGGAGCGUUGCCGUGGAUGCUCCGCGCACAUAAUGCUGAUGACUCACCGGCAAAAGAAGAUAAUCGCCCAGUCGUUCGACUACUUCUCGUCGCUUCGCGUGUCGCUCUCGAAUCUGUCCGAGACAAACGAGAAGGAUUUGAGUCCGACGAGACAACGCGCCGGCCGAGAAUGCGCGACAUAUCUGAAGGCGUUACUAGUGACGUUGGAGGCUGGAUUCGAGCAGCUGUUGCUGUUCCUGCAAUGCUGCCCGGCAAAUGCCGAAUCGACAACGGACGCGUGCACAGCCGCGCUCACGUUGAAUGCAAACGCGCUCCCCAUAAUCGCCGCUUCUCAAGACGACGAGGUAUGGAAAAAUGCAAACGCUCUGUUAAAAAACUGUCUGGACUCGAUCAAAGUCACCGCGAUUCGUUUCCGCGCCUUGUUCUUGCCGUUGGAAAUGUCGACGGAUGAUUUUGAAUGCGACGCACGAGUCGUGCUCUUCAAUUCCAAACACUUUGAAUUCCUGGAGCAGUGUCGCUCCUUGACUGAGGACUUGAGAACGCAAUGUGGAGAGUUGAGACGUCUAUUCGAGAGCACGAACGUUGCGCAUCCUAUUUUGGAGAAUGUAACAUUUCUGGACGAGAAGAUGGAGUGUUUUGCGCGCGCGCUUCGUGAAUUCGACCAUCUGCGAAAAUCCACGGAAUUCGAGAAUGAAAAGCAGCCAGUAGAGAACGACGAGGCCGUUCGUCAAUAUGAGUCCGCGCUGGAGCACUUGAUAAACACGACGUUGCUCGUCAUACAGAAGAAAUAUAAGGAUCACACUAAUUUUGACGACGUUACUCCCACGAAUGAGGAGCCGACAAGGGAAAACGAAGAAAAUGAUGGCGAUGCGAGUGAGGAAGAAAUCGAGGAAGGUAGACUGAAGGAGACACUCGUUGAAGGCCUCAAGAAGGAUAUAGUAGAUCUGAAAUUACCUAAAAUAUCCGAGUUAUUUGCCGGUCUCUUAUCGUCGAUACAAGAGCUUGAUCCACGAUCAGCGAAUCAUUGUAUCAGACUACUUUUGAAAUGUUCACCGUUGCUGGAACAAUAUAUUCUGCUCGUGCAGUUUUAUCUAAACGAACAAGUAGCGUCUUUCCGCGUUACGUGCAAGCUGUUAUACUUGCAACUGAAUGUUUUCCUGGACUUGGCUACAAACGGAUUCUGCGUGCCGAAGGAUCUAGAUUUUGAGGAAGGCGAGACGGAUGAAUCGGGUCAGAAGACGGACAAGGGCGGGUUGGGUUUGGCGGACGGCGAAGGAACGAAAGACGUUUCCGACAGGAUAGAGUCCGAAGAUCAGCUCGAGGAUGCGAGACCCGCAGAUCAAGACCAAGAGAAGGAGGAAGAUAAAACCUGCAAGGAGGAAGAAAAGGGUAUCGACAUGUCUGAAGAUUUCGACAGCAAGCUUCAGGAUAUGGAGAAAGGCGAUGAUAAUGAGGAACAGAGUGAUGACGACGAAGAGAACGACUUGGACAAGGAAAUGGGAGAGACAGGAGAGGGCGCCGAACAUCUUGACAAAGAAAUCUGGGGUGACGACAAAGAGGAAGACGACAACCAGCAAAAGGACGAAGGUGAAGAAGGAACGGGCGAACAAAUUGGUGAGAAGGAAAUCGGCGCAAAAGACGACAAAUCGAGGCAAAACGAUAAUGACAAUGAUAUGGAUCGCGAAGAAGAUCAACGAGAGGAAGAGAAGAAAGAGAUAAACGAGCUCAAUGAGCCAGAAAUAGAUGAAGAUCAGAUCGAUCCGUAUCAUGGUAAACACCAGCCUGAACCGGAACCAGAACCAUUCGACUUACCAGAAGAUCUAAAUUUAGACGAGGACGGUAAGGAGGACAAUGGCGGUGAAGAGGAGGAUCCGUUUGACAUCGACGCAAUGAAGGAUUCUAAACCACCACCAGAGAAGAUGGACGUGGAUCUCGACGAAGAAACCGAAAAGAACGACAAGAACGACCCGAGCGAGAAUGCCAGCGAAGGCGAAGACGAAAAUGACGAGAAUGUGAACAAGGAAAAUCAGCAACAAGAGACGGAGGAUCUCGAAGCUGACAAAGAGGAGACCGGAGAGGACAAUAAAGAAGGCAAGGAAUCCACGAACAAAGAUGACGAGGAUGAACAUGGAGAGGAAGAAGCGAAAGAGGAGAAUCUGCGAGAGAAAGCAGCGCCGAGUGCAGACGAUGCGAGCAAACAAAUAGACGCCGCACAGCAGAUUGAGGAAACGAAAGAAGGUUCGCGAGACGCGGUGGCACAAACACCAAACAACGAAGACCGACAAGAAACGUCAGCGGAGAACACUCAAGAGGAGAAGGACGACACAGGCACCGGUCAGUCACAAUCGACGCAACAGGAGAGCGGACAUUCAGGUUCUGCCAAAGAGAGGACAGCUCCGGUUUCGCAGAGAGACGAGGCGACAAAACCGGCCGAGAAGAGGAAGAAUCCAGGCGAGAGCAACGAGGACCGCAGUCUGCUCGAUAAAUUCAUGCCGACACCGAAGAAGUUGAGGACGAUCUACACGCCGGAUGAAAUAUCGAACAAUGAGAAAGAAGACGAGCCGGGUGACGCUGAUGGUAACAAAGCAGAAAUGUGCCAACACGUGAAAGAUUCCGAGACUUUCGACGAUUACACGAUGGACGCCGCAACGGAGGAUCAGGUGAAACAGCAAGCUUCCAACACGAAGGAAGACGAAGAGAAUCGCGAAGAGCAAGAGGACGACGCUAUGGAUGUGGAGAUGCACAAAGAAGAUGAAGAGAACGUCGUAGAUGACAAGGUAACUGAGCAAAGAUCUGAAAAAGUGUCCCAAGCCACGGAGGACAAACGCAAAAAAGAAUCGGACCAUGGAGGAAAUAACGUAGAAAACAAUCAGAUGGAUACGAUAAUCGAAUUGGAGGGAGACUCGGUGAAGACAAUGACAGUGCAAAGAGGUAACGAGUCUACGUUCCAUACGUCGGUGACAAACUGGGAGGAUAACGAACUUAGUUGUCACAUGGAAAAGAAACGAUUUGAAGUAGAGAAGAUGCUAGGCGAAUGGAAGCAGAAGCCAACCACAGAGGAAGCCGCGACCGCGUGGAAUUGUCUGUCUUCGGUUACGGACACAGCCGCCAGAGAUUUGUCAGAGAAAUUGAGGCUGGUAUUGGAGCCUACGCAAGCAUCGAGGUUGAAAGGCGAUUACAAGACGGGCAAGCGCAUCAACAUGAGGAAGAUCAUUCCCUAUAUAGCUAGCCAGUUCCGCAAGGAUAAAAUCUGGUUGAGGCGCACAAAGCCUUCGAAACGCGACUACCAAAUUGUUCUAGCGCUCGACGACUCCAAAAGCAUGGCGAAUAACCAUGCUCAAGAAAUGGCCUUUGAAUCCCUGUCACUGAUAUGUAAAGCUAUGACGUAUCUGGAAGUAGGACAACUUGGUGUUGUAAGCUUUGGGGAGCAAGUACAGGUGUUGCAUCCUUUGGGAGAAACUUUCACCGAACAAAGUGGAUCUAGACUAAUACAAGACAUGAGAUUCGAUCAGAGAACUACAAAAUUCGCAGAAGUAGUGAACUUCACAGUGGAUAUGUUUGAAAGUCAACACAUGUCCAACAAUGCUAAGCUGCUGAUAAUAUUGUCGGACGGUAUGGGAAUAUUCUCGAUCGGAACGGAAAAAGUGACUCGUGCAGUGAGGAGAGCUAAAUUAGCAAACAUCUUCACAGUAUUCAUAAUACUCGAUAAUCCAACUAACAAGCAUUCUAUAUUAGACAUCCGUGAACCCGUGUUCCAAGGAAGUAAACUACUAGAAUUUCGGUCGUGUAUGGAUGAUUUUCCAUUUCCGUUCUAUAUGAUUGUUAGAAACAUAGACACUUUGCCGGCUGUCCUGAGUGACGCUUUACGGCAAUGGUUUGAAGUUGUUGGAAAAAUUGAUACUUAACAAAAAUAAAAUUUAGGAUGUAUAUGAAAUAAUAUGUGUAUAUAUAUUAUAUAUGUGAUAUUAUAUCGGCUAAAGAAUGAAAGACAAGUGCUGUUUAUCAUAA